AUGUCGGAUAAAGCAUUUGAUGCAUCGCUAGAUUUGUUGAGGCGUUUGAAUCCCAAGAAGAUAUCCAAGAACCUUUUAAAUCUUUGUCGACUUGAGCCAGAAUUAGCGGAAGAUCUUUUAUCGUCAGUUGAUACUCCAUUGAAAAUCCAGAAAUGUGGAAAGACGGGCAAAAGCUACUUGUGCUGUGACUACAACAGAGAUGGCGACUCUUAUAGAUCACCUUGGAGUAACCAAUAUUAUCCUACAAUUGGUGAUGAGGAUCAAGCGCCUCACCCAACUGCGUACUUGAGAACAAUGGAAGAGUUUGCCAAUGAUUCUUUUGAUAUUUACAGGGAUCUUUAUUAUGAGGGCGGGGAAUCCAGUGUGUACUUUUGGGAUACGGAAGAUGAAGAUGUUAAUCAAACUGGUGAAAUCGGAUUUGCUGGUGUAGUGUUACUUAAAAAGCAAAUUGAUCCAACAAAUCAAGGUAACGGUGGAUGCUGGGAUUCUAUACACGUCUUUGAAGUUAUUCCAGAGAAUUCUGGUAUAGCGACAUACAAGUUAACUUCUACAGUCAUUUUAGAUCUUUCUACAUCGCAGGAUAUGGACAUGUUUUUGAGUGGAAACUUGACGAGGCAGAAUGAGAAGAAGCUGAAGUACACUAGUGCCUCCUCUCAUGUUGCGAACAUUGGAUCCGUAAUAGAAGAUACGGAGAGCAAAUUAAGAAAUAUGCUUCAAGAAGUGUAUUUCGAUAAAACGAAGAGUAUAAUCGGAGAUUUGAGAUCAAUUCAGACACUUAAUGUUAAGGAAGAUGAAAGAUUAAGGCAAGAGACACUUAUCAAGAAACUACGGCAGUUGUAA